ACUAUAUUUUGCUUUUCACAGAUUGUUUAUUUCAGUCACAAAGGUUUAAACUUGGCUGCUGCAGACAAAAUGGCGAUGCCGGUGACUACAUAUUUGUCUGUUGUAUUAUCUGUCACUUGUAUAAAAUUCUUGUUCCUUCCUACUUACCGGUCAACUGAUUUCGAAGUUCAUCGAAACUGGUUAGCCGUAACGCACAGUCUUCCUUUUUCAAAAUGGUAUUAUGAGUCUACCUCUGAAUGGACAUUGGACUAUCCACCCCUCUUUGCGUGGUUUGAAUAUGUACUUUCACAUGCUGCAAGGUGGUUUGACACAGCCAUGUUAGAAAUCACAAAUAUGAACUAUGCAAGUCAGAUGACUAUUUUUUAUCAACGAUUAACUGUGAUAGUUGCAGAUAUGGUUUUGGUUUUUGCAGUGAGAGAGUGGUGCAAUCUGGUGACAGCUCGUGUUAAAAGAGAAGAGCUAAAAGAUCAGUGGUAUCAUCCUGGUGUUAUACUUUCAAUGUUGCUACUGUGGAAUCCUGGACUUCUCAUUGUGGAUCACAUACACUUUCAGUACAAUGGAUUUCUCUAUGGAAUCUUGCUGCUUUCCAUUGUUCGUAUAAUUCAGGAUCGAUGUGUAGAAGGAGCUUUUUGGUUUGCCAUCUUGUUAAACUUGAAACACAUAUAUUUGUAUGUUGCUCCUGCUUAUUUUGUAUACCUUCUACGAAGCUACUGCUUCAUUCGGGAGACUAAAGGGUUUAGGAUUUCACUGCUAAACUUCAUUAAACUUGCUUUAGUUGUGAUUUUAGUAUUUGGAGUAUCAUUUGGACCAUUUAUUUACUUGGGACAGCUUCCUCAAGUGUUAUCUCGACUUUUCCCUUUCAAGCGAGGCUUGAGUCAUGCAUAUUGGGCUCCUAAUUUCUGGGCCUUGUAUAACAUUGCUGACAAAGCAGCAUAUAUUGGAGCAGUAAGACUGAAUCUUCAAACAGAAAACUUGAACCAAAGUGCAUCAAUGACAGGAGGUCUUGUCCAGGAAUAUGAGCAUGUGAUUUUACCAUCCAUUGCACCUACUACAACUAUGGUGUUAACUAUUCUUUCAAUCCUUCCAGCCUUGUGGAACCUGUGGCAAAAACCAGGUAACCCCUGGUUAUUUCUACGUUCUGUGAUAUUGUGUGCUUUUGGAUCAUUUUUGUAUGGAUGGCAUGUUCAUGAGAAAGCUAUACUGCUAGUUCUUCUGCCAUUGACGCCACUGAGUUUACUGUGGAUGGCAGAUGCUCAAAUUUUUGCCUUUCUCACCCCAGUGGCACUUUUUUCUUUGUUCCCAUUGUUGCAUGAGGAGGCAGAGACUCCCGGCAAGAUAUUACUACUAUUAAUGUACUCUGUGUACAAUUUUCGUAGUCUUACAAGGUAUUUCAGGAAUCAGUGGCCAGUACUGAAACCAGCCCUUCUGAAGAAAUUUGAAGCAGUUUAUCUUUUGGGACUUGUUUUUUUGCAACUUUAUUGCAGUUUUGGCCAUACUUUUCUAGGAUUGGACAAACGACUGCCUUUUCUGCCACUGCUUUUAAUUUCAACAUAUUGUGCUCUUGGGAUCCUUUAUGCUUGGUUACGUUUUUAUGGGUCACUCUUAUACAACCAAAGAGAGCUUUGUGUGAUGAAUGUUAAGAAACAACAAUAAAAGUAAAUAUUUCUACAAUUUCAGUACUGGUGCUAUGAGUUUAUAGUCUUUGUUUUUAUGGCAUGGUUUUUAUUUUUUAUGAGAUUUGUAACCUCUGAAGUACAAAGUCAUAAAGGAUUAAUCAGGAGUUUCAUUUCAGUACACAUUAACAUUUGUUUGAUAUAAGAUAAAUACGUUUUUUUUUUUUAGUUUUAGUUUUUUCAGAUGUAUUUUGAUGGUUUUCUUUCUAUCUUUAAGCUCAAACCAUGAAAUACUGUUCUCAAAGAAUCAUCUUAAUUGAUCAGUCAUAUAUUUUGGUUUAGUGUGAUUAUCUUGUUUAACUAGGAACACAUUUGUAAACAUUUAUACAUGAUUCUUUGAAGGUAUUGUGAAGGUGAAACCUUCUUUAAAUGUUGUGUCCAAAUAGCAAAUUUAUUUUCAAAUAGUGUUGGACAUUUAUAGACAAAUGACCAUUGUGUCAUAAAAAUAAAAUUUAAAUUAUACAAACGAAAUAUUGCCAAAAAUUUAAAAUAUAGUUAUAUGAUGUAAACAUGGUUUAAUUAUCUUAAAUUUGGUUUGACAUUGUUUUGAGCUUGCAUAUUUAGUAAAUGUAAGUUAACCCAUGUGUAUAAGUAACAGUUUACUGCUUUACCCACAAAACAAUACUGUAAUUUCAGGUUCUGUCUUAGGUAAUCUGAGGGCUAAAACAAGAACUUCAUGCAGAAUAAAAUUUUACAAUUAUGCAAUAAUGAUACCUCUAUUGUUGUGAAGCCAUUUAGUUUUUGCCACAUUCUAAGAUACAUUUUUAUGUCUCUUAUGAAGCCCUAGUAAAUUUAUAGGUGUAGUUAUUGAUUUUCAAAAGUUAGUUUUAUAACGGAAAUAUCCAAAAAUCUGACAGUAUUAUUACAAAAAAACUGGAGUGCCAAGACAAGUAUACUUUAUUUUUCAUACUGAGUUAAAUGUUUAGUGUCAAUAAUACUGUGUCCUACCUGCAACUCCUAAUUUUAUAUAGAUUAUUAAAUCUGAAAAGAAACCUUGUUAGAUAUAUCAUUAUCACUUAUGAAAAUUUUUCUUCUUAGGCAAGAGUCAUUUACAUUCUUAGUUACUUAUAGUUACGUACAUAUUCUGAAUAGCUUUGUCUGUAUAUCUGAAAAUUAAUCAGUACAUGUAAGCAAGUUCUUUUGUAAGCAGUUAGAAAAUUCACAAUUUUUGUCACUUUCAGUUUUGCUGAUAGUAAUAAUUAAUAUGAUGUAUUAUUUCUUCCCCUAACUUUCGAUAAGUGUAUUUUAUGUUUUCAGCUAUGGUCAUUUUCAUUUAUUUUUCAUAAAAAUUCAAAUUACUUCCUGAAAGUAUGAGCAUGUUCUUAAUAAUUGAGUAUCUUUCAAAUUGGGAAAACCAGUUUUAUAGUUAUUUAUCCAGUUAAGUAUGGAAUAAAAUCUCUUAAAGAGAAAUGGUGUUUGUAUUUAUGUUAGUAUUUGAUGCCUUUUUUUUGUAGGUUGUAUUGCAAAAAAUAAUAUAUUGCAUUAUACUACACAUCUUGUUACCAUGCUUUAUAUAUGCUAUUAAUCAUAUUUGAAUUUAAGAUUUGUGUUUUUGUAAAGUUUUGCACUAUUUGCUAUGAUGAAUUAUAGAAAAUAUAUAAGAUUCUAGUAAUCAUAUGUAAGAUUAUACUUUAAACACAAAGAGCCAAAAACCAAUUGUAGAAGUAACAUUUCUUGUAUAUUCUUCUUUUCUUUUUUUUGCAAUAUCAUUAACAUAUUUAGAGGUAUAAUUUCUACUUAUCAAAGAUAUUCAACAAACAACAGUUAUUUAAUUUUAAGUAUGAGCUCUAAUGCAAUUUGCUGCUUUCUUUGCUUUUGUGUUCGAAAAUACUCUGGUCUGUUUCAAUCUAUUUGUUGUGAAUGAUAUUUAUCAAAUAAAGUACUGAACUGAUUAAAAAAA